GAUGCUUCGGCCAAUGAGAAUGAGCGGUUUUCGAUCACGUGCGGCAUUCUGACCAAUCGGCGCAUCCAAGAUGGCGGGUGGUAUAUAAGGUGUCGUCGGGGUGCCAUUUGCGGAGCAGGGGUUCGGUUUAGUGAGUUGCUUCGUGUCGGGGAUUAAGUAAAAAUUCGAAACGAAACGGCGGAAUUUUAGGCUUAAAAACUGACCUGAAGGCACCGCAGUUCAGUUGCCGUUUCUGAUAACGGGAUUUUAACUGGAGCAUGGAGCGCGAGGGUGGCUCUACGGCCCCGGCAGGCCCAACGACUCGCCAGCAAUAGAAAGCCCCGUGAUGUCAUCUGGUGAUCAAAAGUCAACUAACGAUCUCUCCAAAGCAGCUAAUGUCUGCUGCCAGGCUGCCAGGUGAGGUCUACAAUGGGAUCAAUGGUAUGUCGAGUGAGAGUGGCCCUGGGAAGAGACUAAGAAAACCGCCGGCAAUGGGGGAUGGCUUAGAAAACACACAGAUGUCUUCAACACAGUCACAAGCUCAACCCCAACAAAGUAAUGUUAUCGGUAAUCCUCCCCCUCCUGAAACCUCCAAUCCCAAUCGAUCCAAACGACUGACGAACCAACUACAGUUUCUGUCAAAAGUGCUCCUGAAGACAAUAUGGAAGCACCAAUUUGCUUGGCCUUUCCAACAGCCUGUGGAUGCUGCAAAACUAAACCUACCUGAUUAUUAUAAAAUUAUCAAACAUCCUAUGGAUAUGGGAACAAUUAAAAAACGCUUGGAAAACAACUACUACUUGAACGCCCAGGAAUGUAUUCAAGACUUCAAUACCAUGUUUACCAACUGUUACAUUUACAAUAAGCAAGGGGAUGAUAUAGUCUUAAUGGCAGAAGCUUUGGAAAAGAUAUUUCUUCAGAAAAUUUCAGAGAUGCCGCAAGAAGAGAUUGAAGUACCUAUCCAGCCUGCCAAAGGGUCACGGGGUAGAGGCAGAAAAGAAACAGUUCAGUCUAAAACAAAUGUGUCAACUGUACAGACUGCCUCCCAAGUGACAAUGCCAGUAUCGGCACCAGCACAACCACAACAGGCACCACCCCAGCGGGCACCCCAGGCAUCUCAGCCUGCACCAUCGCAGCCACAGCUUCCAUCGGUAUCUGUGCCAGCACCCACACCCCAGUCAUUUCCUCCUGCGACUCCUGACUUGAUAGGCCAGCCACCAACAACAACAGUGUCUCCACAUACUUCAGCUCCCCCAAUGCCAACACUCACGCCAACAACUGUGAUGGCAACAGCUCCACAGCCUUCAAAGCAUAAAAAGGGUGUGAAAAGGAAAGCUGAUACAACAACUCCGACAACCAAUGUUCCAGUGAAGAGUCGAGAGUCUUCUCCAUUAAUGACUGAACCCAAACCUGCAAAGAUUCCUUCCAGGAGUGGCAGACCUCCAAAGCCCACUAAGAAAGAGGUUCCAGACUCCCAACAGCAGCCACAUCUUGAGAAGGGUGGGGGCGGAGGUGUUGGGAUUGUAGGUGGUGGGGUUGUGGUAGGCAGUGGAAAGGUUUCGGAACAAUUGAAGUACUGCACUGGCAUUCUUAAGGAAAUGUUCGCCAAGAAGCAUGCAGCAUAUGCCUGGCCCUUCUACAAACCUGUGGACGUAGAAGCCUUGGGACUGCAUGAUUAUCACGACAUUAUAAAACACCCCAUGGAUCUCAGUACUAUUAAAGCAAAAAUGGAUAACCGACAGUAUGGGGAUGCUCAAGAAUUUUCAGCAGAUGUUCGGUUGAUGUUCUCCAAUUGUUACAAAUAUAAUCCUCCUGAUCAUGAAGUGGUAGCAAUGGCAAGAAAAUUGCAGGAUGUUUUUGAGAUGCGUUUUGCAAAAAUGCCAGAUGAGCCUGUUGAACCAGUUGUUCCAUCUCCUCCUCCUGUGCCACCUCCAACCAACCAAGUAUCAUCCUCAUCUUCAAGUGAUAGUAGCAGUGACAGUUCCUCUGACAGUGACAGCAGCACAGAUGAUUCUGAGGAGGAGCGGGCACAGAGGCUGGCUGAACUUCAAGAACAGUUGAAAGCGGUACAUGAGCAGCUGGCUGCCCUUUCCCAACCACAACUGUCAAAACCAAAGAAGAAAGAGAAGGACAAGAAGGAAGAGAAGAAGAAAGAGAAGGAAAAAGAAAGGGAAAGGCAUAAAAAGAAGGAUGAUUUGGAGGAAAAGAAGAAAAGCAAACCUAAGGAGCAACAGCCAAAAAAAUCAAAGAAGAACAAUGCAAAUACCAGGAAUAUGAAGAACAAUAAACCUGGACCCACGUAUGACUCUGAAGAAGAAGAUAAAUGCAAGCCGAUGACCUAUGAGGAAAAGAGACAGCUGAGUUUGGAUAUAAACAAACUUCCUGGUGAUAAAUUGGGAAGAGUAGUUCACAUCAUUCAGUCCCGCGAACCCUCACUGAGAAACUCAAACCCUGAUGAGAUUGAAAUAGACUUUGAAACGUUAAAGCCCUCCACAUUGCGAGAGCUAGAACGAUAUGUUACAUCGUGUUUACGGAAAAAAGCGAGGAAACCUCAAGUGAAAAAGGUCCCAGGGAAAUCGAACGAUGAGCUCCAGCUAGACUCGAAGAGUGAGCUGGAAACCAGGUUACAUGACGUUAGCGGCCAGCUGAGCUCUGGGAAGAAACCAGGCAGAAAAGCUGAGAAGCAUGACGUAAGCAUGGAUGUGGGAGGCCCCUCAAGGAUGAGAAGCAGCAGCAGUUCUUCUGAAUCAGACAGUAGCAGUGACUCCAGCUCCUCUGAGAGCAACGACUCUGAAACAGAGGUGCCACCUAAAACCAAACAUGGCAGCCACAAGAGCCGCUCUGGACGGGAGCAGAAGAAGCAACAUCACCACCACCAUCAGCCCCCACAGCCGAUGAAGCAAUCACCUCAACAGUUUGUACCUGCUCCACUUCCAGUCAUGGAGCCACAGAUAUUGACCAAUGCCUAUGAUGCCAUGCCGCACUUUGGACAGCCCAUGAUGCACCUUCCUCACCAAAGCGAGCUGCAGACGCAUUUGCAACCGCCACCCGAGCAGCAUUCGCCCCCUCACCUCACCCAGCACUCAGUGGUGUCACCGCCAGCUUUGCACAGUAGUCUGCCUCAACAGCCAUCCAGACCCAGCGGUAAAGCAGCACCAUUACCUCCGAAACAGCCUCGGCCUCUCACACAGUCCCCACCUAUGGUUCCACAGCCUAUAUUACAGCCCCCGCAGAUGACACAACCGCCAGCUAUUCUAGAAGAAGAAGAACCACAGUCUCAUCUCUCAAUCCCCCUACAUACUUCACAAGUGCAGUUGUAUUUACAGCAGCUGCAAAAGGUCCAGAAUCAAACCCCACUUCUCUCAACGACCUCGUCCCAGCCCCAGCCCCAGCCGCAGCCACAGCCACAGACAGUCCUCAACCAACCACAGGCGUCACACACACAGCCCCAGCCUCCACCGCACACUCAGCCUGCGCCACAUCCCCAGCCGCAGCCUCUUCCCCCACAGCAGGUACAACAGCAGCAGCAGCAGCAACAUCAACCAAGGCCCCUACACAUACAACCCAUGCAGUUUCCACCACACAUCCAACAGCCCCCGCCACAGCCACAACACCAGCCCCCUCAGCAGGCAAAACCCCAACAAGUCAUUCAGCACCACCAUUCCCCACGACAGCCGAAGCCUGACCCCUACUCCACAGCUCAUAUGGCAGAUGUGUCUUCUCCGCUCCUGAUGCAUUCCCCACCGCUGCCACAAUUUCCAUCUCUUGUCCAGUCACCUCCAAGAAAUGUACAGACUAAAAAACAGGAACCCCGAACUCCGUCAAUAGUACAAUCACAACCAAUGGUAAACAUGAAAGAAGAGAAAAGUCACUCUUCACCUGUAAUCAGAAAUGAGCCAUUUAGCCCUUCGAUGCGCCAGGAGCCAUCAAAACAGAGGGAGGGAAGCAAACCACCUCCACAUAUUGGUCACCGACCAGAGAUGAAGCACAUGGAAGUUGCAGGGCCAGUGAUUCGACCUCCAGAACACAGCUCGCAACCUUCUCCUCAGGACAAAGACAAGCAUAAACAACAAACACCCAAAACUCCUGUCGCUCCCAAAAAAGAUCUCAAGAUCAAGAACAUGGGCUCAUGGGCAAGUCUCGUUAAAAAGACACCUUCCACUCCCUCGUCCACAGCGAAGUCAUCAAGCGAUAGCUUUGAGCAGUUCAGGCGAGCGGCACGAGAAAAGGAGGAACGAGAAAAGGCGCUCAAAGCACAGGAGGAGUACCGUAAGAUGCAACAGGAGGCGGCAGAAAAGGAACGUCUCCGCAUGGAACAGGAGCGACAGCGAAGUCGAGAUGAGGAGGAUGCUUUGGAGUGUGCCCGGAGAGCUCAUGAGGAGGCACGGAGGCAGCAGCAGCAACAUCUUCAGCAGCAACAACAGCAGCAGCAGCAACAGCAACAACAGGGCUCUCAGCCAACCUCACAGUCUAUGUUGGAUCAGCAGCGAGAGCUAGCGAGGAAACGGGAGCAGGAACGAAGGCGGAAGGAAGCAAUGGCGGCUACGAUUGACAUGAAUUUUCAGAGCGACUUAAUGGCAAUAUUUGAAGAGAAUCUCUUCUGAGGGCUCCUUAUUUGGGAUAUCCUGACUCUUGAAAGUACUACGGAACUGUUUUCCAUGAGUUAAGUGGCACCAUAGUGUUUCGGCCAGGUUCUUGGUGCACGUCUUUCUGCAUGUGUGACCCAGUGAGUGAGCGAAUCGUUCAGUCAUUGCCUUGAAUGGAUGGAUGGACAUGGAUGGACAGAAGUCUGCCUUACAUUUAACCCACAAUAUAGGAAUGAACAAAUAGACAAAAAAAACUUAUUGUUGUUUAGAGAACAUGUGCACAAAUGUGCGUCCAGCUUUCCGAAUGAUACUACUGUAAAGGGGGUGGGGAGGGGUUUACCCAUUAGCUGCAAGGCUGUCCUCGCCAAACUCCUUCACUAUGUAUGAAAAGACACAAUUACAUUUUGAUGUAUUCAAUCAAACAGGGUUUCACUGUUGCAGUGUCAGGGCCCUGUUUGCUGAACGGUUUUGCUGCAUUGGUUCCAUAAAUCUAGUGCGUCUCCUUUCACUGCUCAUGAGAGAACCGGGCGAUACUAUGAUAUAUAUAUAUAUAUAAUAUGUAUAUUAUAUAUAUAUACAUAAAUAAAAUGGGUGAAUUCCCCUGUAAUUGGGAAAACUGGCCCCUUCACUAAGUUACAACAGUAUAAUCUGGAUAGACUAUUUAAGCAGUGCAACUAUGUUUUCAUUACUUUUUUUUACAGUGCAUAGUGCUGUCUGCAGGUUUUGUUUAUCUACAGAGUUUUCAGAUACUAGGCUCAGUAUGUUCUGACAAGCCAUGUGAUGGUUAUGGCAAUACAAAAAGGGAAAAAAAUCGUAUGUCGGAGGUUAUGAGUUUAAACAGCAGUCCCAUCUGAAGCAUUUUUGUUUUUCCCUGUUUUAAUUUCUUUUCUGCAGUGUUUGGGAUCAAAGCUGGACUACCAACCAAAGUAGGUGAAAUUGUUUGUCUCAUUACCUCAGGAGAUACGAAUGUUGAAUGGCACUGCUGAAACUGUUUUGUACUGUUGUCCCUCUGAAUAGCAAAGAUACAAGUGCUGACUUUCUUUUCUGCAAAUAACCAGAGGUUUCAGCUGCCCUUGAGUAGUGUCGAACCGAUGCUGUAUAGUGGGUAUGGUUGGUGUGCGAUGCUUAACUUGUAUGUUCUGUGUAAUUAUAAACUUACUUUAUUAAUGUAGCAGACUUCCAAUACGAUUUGGGGGCCCAGGUGUGAGUUUUAUCUUUAUAUGUUCAAUUCUGGGCUUUUUUUUCUUCAGAGGGUUGUACAAAAUAAACAAGCUGUUUCUGUGCAAGUGUCUCUUUAGUAUUUGCUAAAAGCAUCAAGUGAAGUGCUGGUUCUCCUAGUUAAACUUUGCAGCAAGAAUUAGACGAGUGAUUGUUUUAUGGCAAAUAUGGCAAUUUAAAUUAAUGUACCAUUCCUCGUCUUUGCCUUUAAAUAUAAUUUUAUUUUUUCAGCUGUUUUUAAUCCUUUUUCUUUUUUUAAAAUGAACAUAUUUUAAUGUGCCAAAAUACCCACUAUACAGUACCAGCUCCAGUGUUGGUAACCUCAGUUUAAAGUUGGUUUUACUGAGAGGCAGAAAAUUGCAUUUGGUCUGUAUCAAUUAUUGAAUAAACACACCUUUUAUACAA